AGCUGCUCUUACUACUAUCACCAUUAAUAAGGCAGAUGGAGAUAUCACUGGAUCUGAACCAGAGAAGAUAUUUAAUAAUAGUAGAGAAAAUACUAAUUAUAAGGAAACAUCACGAGAACGAUGCUUAAGAUUGAGAAGGGAAGCUGCAAGACAACGAAAUGAAAGAGAAACAUUAGAAAACACAGCGGCAUGGCUAAAGAAGAGAAGAGAAGCUGCAAUACAAAAAAAACAAAAUCAAACAUCUGAAGAUGCUGCAAGGUUCCAGCAAUCAAAAAGACAAAGAUAUACACAUAUAGUAGAUGCUUCUGUUAUAAAACCUCCUAAUGCUAUUUCUCCCGUUGAUCCUCUUUUCAUUACUGCUAUUCCUGCUACUCCUUUACAUAUUAUUUCAUUACCAAUAAUAUUGUGUCCAUUUCAAUCAGAAAUUGUGGUGCCAGCAUGUGGUCAAAGGAGAGAAAAAACAAACUCCAGCAGAAUGUCACCUAUAUUUACAAAUUGCUGUGUACAAGGCAAGGUUCUUCUUCCAGCUCUGCUAGAUCCUCCCCCUAUACUACAUACACUUCUUACUGGCAUUGAUAUCAAGGCAUGUGACUUUCGUCAAAAAAUUCGGUCAUAUAACUCAGCCUUAGCCUUUACUUCUAUGGGUGCUAAGAUUAAUGAUCAUGUUAUGGGUACUGGAGGUGUUUAUAUAUUCCAAAUCCAUGGAGAAAUGUAUCACAAUAUUGGAUCCCUUCUACCUGCUCAAGCUACAGUAUCUCCACAUUUUGCUCAGCUUUAUAUCUAUGACACAGAACAUGAGGUGUUGAACAGGAUGACUAUGAUACCUUCUCUAAAUGCUAUUGUGCUUGCAAACUUGCAACAGAUGUUAGAUCAGGUUAAUCCAUAUGUUGUAGUUUUUUGGCAGGUGCGUGACAUAUUAAUACAAGAACUUACUAUAAUACUCUCGAUGGUGAUCAGAGCAGAAAAACUUGCAGAUCUACGACGUUACAAUAUACUAACUGCCAAUGAGCUUACAGGAUGUAAUGCAGACUGCAGACGUGCUACAAACUGGAGAAAUAGGUCAGCGAAUUAUCCUUCCAUCAACGUUUACAGGAGGCCCUCGCCAAAUGCACCAACUCUAUCAGGAUGCCAUGGGAAUC